UGGUAGCAAAGAUGAUUAAAUACUGGGGCGAGAUACCGGUGUCCUCCUCCCAGCCCAGCCGCAGCUCCUUCGACCUGCUGCAGCGGGAGUUCCGAACGGUGGAGAUUCAAGACCCUCCCCUGCACCAGCCGUCUGCCGAGCGGCCCCGUCCGGCCACCAUGCUGGACGUGCCGUCCGAACCCUGCGGCCUGACCCUGCACACCAUCCAGCUGAUACAGUACAACCGCAGGCUGCGCAGCCUGGUGGCCGCCGCCCAGGCCCAGGGACAGCCCCAGGCCGACGGGCUGAAGGCCGAGGAGCCGGAGCCCCUGCCGCCACCCCCCAGCUCCCCGCUGCUGCCCGAGGAGCUGCUGCCCCUCGACAGCAAGACGCCAAAGUUCCCCUUCCAGCUGAGGCACAGUGACCCAGAGAGCGACUUCUACAGGGGGAAAGGUGAGCCGGUGACGGAACUGAGCUGGGCAUCCUGCCGGCAGCUCCUGUACCAGUCGGUGGCCACGGUCUUGGCCCACGCGGGGUUCGAGUGCGCCCACGAGAGCGUGCUGGAGACGCUGACGGACGUGGCCAGCGAGUACUACUACAAGUUCACGCGGCUCCUGCGCUCGGCCGCCGACAGGGAGGCGCGGGUGGGCCGCACCCCCUUCCAGGACGUGAUGGAGCAGGUGUUCCACGAGAUGGGCAUCGGCAGCGUGCUGUCCCUCCAGAGCUUCUGGCAGCACCGCAUCAAGGACUACCACAGCUACAUGCUCCAGGUGAGCAAGCAACUGGCUGAAGAGUAUGAGAAACUGGUCAGUCCGGAGAAAGCCUCUGCCGAGGACACCAAACCAUUGAAGAUAAAGGAGGAACCGCUAAGCGACAUUGCUUUCCCCGUCAACGAAGAGAACGAAGCUGAUCUUCCCACAGGCGAGCAGGCCUUGCAGCUUGGAGUUCUGGCACAGGCUCAUGAACGCUAUGCCGCCACACUCGAGGUUGAUGCAUCUCCUCAGACAUCAGGCCCCGAGGUCAGCAGCUCUCCUCUGUGGAACCUGACCCAAGUUAAGAUGGAGCCCCAGGAGAGCGAGGAAGGCAGCGGCCCGCCCCACGGCGUUUUGGGCAACGACGUGUUCGAGGAGCCGAUGUCGGCCAUGAGUGACUCUGGCAUCCCGCAGACCCCCAACACCACCGGCUCAGAUGGCAGCUACAUCUCCCACUCGCCCGACAGCCUCAUGGCCUCUUCCCCUGUCUUCAAUCAGCGACCGAAGAAAAGGCAAAGGAAGAAUUGAGAUGUCACCACUUGCCGUUUGCCGAUGGAUUCUAACAAGAAUCAAAGCAAGAAUCAAGGCACUGCUUCACCAGCUGGUGGUUCCUUUGAGUUUAUUGAACUUGCCGAGGAAGACAAAGACACACAGGAGGGAGAAUGUGGAAACGGAUUGUGGAAACGCCUUGUCUGAGAAGGAGACGAGCCUCUUGGGUGAGACCAACGUUCAGAGCUGGUGUUCCCUGGCAUCGGCGGUCGGACACAUCCGCUGCCAACAAUUUAUAAUUUUCUUCAGGCCGACUGCUUCAUAAAUGAUCAUCGGCCCUAUCGUGAAAUGCUUGAGCAGCGAUUUGUGGCUUUCUUUCGCCGUGGACACUAUGGUAGGCUGACAAUUAUCACAAAGCUCAGAGCGCUUAAAUCAGGAGCCAGAUCAAAAACUCGUGGUGUGGCUUUUGAAUGGGGUCUGGGUUUAGGCUAUGAUUUUUAAACAAAAUAAUGAUGUUGCAAUUACGCAGAA